AUAUCCCGGUGUGGCGCUGUCCUUCCGGGAUAAGGCCUCCCUAUCCGCCCAGUUUAUACUACAGGGAGGCUAGGGAGCAGAUACGGAAGAGAUACAGAAGAGCUUGCUCAGCUCUCAAGGAAGCAGGGAUCCAGGACUGCCUGUGAGCAUGGAUCUGCCUCGGUGUUUUCAUGAGCCCCUUACAGUCUUGCAGCUCAAGCGGCUAGAGGAGCACAAGUACAACGCCUCAGGGCGCUCCCUGCUGGAGCCUCCUAUGCAGAUCUACUGGAAUUGGCUGGUAGAGAGAAUCCCUUUGUGGUUGGCACCUAACACCAUUACUAUCGUGGGUCUUAUUCUGAAUGUGGUCAGCACGCUAAUUGUCGUCGCAUAUUGUCCCACGGCCACUGAAGAGGCUCCAUUUUGGCCAUUCCUUCUCUGUGCGCUUGGCCUUUUCACCUAUCAGUCAUUGGAUGCAAUUGAUGGAAAACAAGCUCGAAGAACAAAUACCAGUUCCCCACUUGGGGAGCUGUUUGACCACGGCUGUGAUGCUGUUUCCAUAGUAUUUGUUGCAGUUGGGACAACAGCUGCAGCACGGCUUGGAACACUUCCCGGUUGGCUGUUCUUCUGCUCUUUUGUGGGCAUGUUCAUGUUCUAUUGUGCACACUGGCAGACCUAUGUGUCAGGCAAUCUGAAGUUUGGAAUAAUUGAUGUUACUGAACUUCAGAUAGCUGUAACUAUAGUGUUUUUAAUGACUGCAUUCGGUGGAACAACUUUGUGGGACUAUGAGAUUCCUAUGACUGGAUUACCUUUGAAAACGAUUCCUAUUAUUGGCAUGGUUGGAGGAGCCAUUUUAUCCCUUACCAACUAUUUCAGAGUUAUUCUUGGUGGUGGAGUAGGCAAAAAUGGAUCCACUGUAGCAGGCACUAGUGUUUUGUCGCCUGGUCUGCAUAUUGGUCUUGUUCUUGUACUGGCUUUAAUGAUUUAUCAAAAAUCAACAACCAACUUGUUUCAACGACACUCCAGUCUUUAUACAUUAGCAUUUGGCUUUGUAAGUGCCAAAAUUACAAUCAAGCUAGUGGUGGCUCAUAUGACCAAGAGUGAAAUCCACCUUCAAGAUGCUGCCUUUAUUGGACCUGGUCUUUUAUUCCUGAAUCAGUAUUUUAACAGUUUCAUUGAUGAAUACAUUGUUCUCUGGGUAGCAAUGGUUAUUUCUUUGCUUGAGUUGCUGAGAUACUGCAUAGGUGUUUGUAUACAAAUUGCUGCACAUCUUCGAAUACAUAUCUUCAGAAUUCCUUGUAACCAAGCUGCUGAGCAGGUACAAGUUAUUCCUUCAGUGAUCCUUCAGAAUAACAUUGACUGAAGAGACUUUCGAACACUUGCCAUCUCUUGCUGUUGCUGGCAGAAGAAAAAGAAUUAAAAAAAUCAGCUACUAUUUAUGCACUUUUUGUAAUAAAAUUUCCCAGUGGAAAAUCAGUGUAUCUGUUUUUAAACAACAAUGUGUGGAUUCUUUUGCAGAAUUUGUACUUACAGUGUCCAUCAAAAUUUUCUUCUGUAGCAAAGCCAUCUCCUUUUUCAGUUCACUUUGAGCAUUGGAUAGAAGGUUUUCAUGGCUUUUUUCUAAGUCUUCCAUACUCUAAAACAAAGUAUAUGUAAAUAUAUAUAAAACACUGAUGUAAAUAUUCAGAGCAAUAUCCUACUUUUUUCAAAUAUUGUAUGAUGUGCGUGUUUUUUUUUGUUUUUCUUUUUAUUAAAAUCUUAUGUAAAAGGUAUUAUAAUGUUAAUUCUAGUUUAAAGGGACAGUCUAGUCCAAAACAAACUUUCAUGAUUCAGAUACAGCAUGUAAUAUUAAACAAUUUUCCAAUUUACUUUGAUCACCAAUUUUGCUUUGUUCUCUUAGUAUUCUUAGUUGAAAGCUUAACCUAGGAGGUUCAUAUGCUAAUUUCUUAGACCUUGAAGGCCGCCUCUUAAGAAUGCAUUUUAACAGGUUUUUCACCACUAGAGGGUGUUAGUUCAUGUGUUUCAUAUAGAUAACACUGUGCUCAUGCACGUGAAGUUACCUGGGAGCUAUCACUGAUUGGCUAAACUGCAAGUCUGUCAAAAGAACUGAAAUAAAGGGGCAGUUUGCAGAGGCUUAGAUACAAGAUAAUCACAGAGGUAAAAAAUAUUUAAAUAUAACUGUUGGUUAAUGGGUAAAAAAGGGAUUAUUUUUUAAAACAAUAACAAUUCUGGUGUAGACUGUCCCUUUAAAAUCACUAAUGCAACUAAGAAAUAUUAAAAUAUUUUGCUUGCAUGCAGUGUUUUUUGUUUUAAUUAAAAUUGGUUAUUGCAUGUGUAUAUAAUUUUAAAAUUGUGCAAAGGAAUGACUACGAACUAAUAUUCUAUUAAACAGAAAUUUUAAUGAAUAGGAAUUAAAUUACUAACUUAUAUUUAGGACUAUUUAAGAUUCAGUUUUAAUAUAAUACAAAGAACACUUUCAAGAAAUCUCAACUGGAUGUGUUACAAUUCUGGACAGUUUUAAGUAUGUAAUGGUUAUGUUUUUCUGUAAAUUACCUCCAGCACGGCAUUUUAAACCACUAAAAUGUGAGCCCUAAAUAUCAUUGCUCUAUUUUUAUAUAUCAAUAAAUCUGAAGUACCUUUAUGAAUUGUUCAUAUAGCUGCUUUAUUGUUUUCAGUCUCUGGCUUUGAACUAUUCUUGCUUGUUGAAAAAGUUUCUGCUGCUGACGAAACAUGUUCUAGUGGGCAAGAAAGGAUGAGCAAUCUUUAAUUUUUGAGACAUUAAUUUAGUAUGUGUUGAAUUUUUUUUAAUUGCAUUUAAAUCUAAAAUGAGGAUAAUUUUAAUAUUUCCGGUUUUAUGAUUGUGGAGUCUUGUUCUUUAUUAGACAGCAGUUGCUACUUUUUGGUGUACUUUCUUAUGUGUGGUGAUGAUUUUUACUGAACCCGAUUUUGUUUUGCUUUUUUAAACAUGUGAUAAGCACUGGCAGUUGUGUCUCCAUUACAUUUGUUUCAUGUUUUUGACUUGAUUAAAAAACAUAAAUUAUGCUUA